AUGAAUAAAUGUUGUUUUUUCUUUAUCCUACUUUGGGGGAUUGCAUAUUCACUGUUAGAAGAGUCAUUGGUAGCAUUCCAGGAUGCUCCGAGGGCAGUUGAAAUCGACAAUGCUGUGAUACUACGAGACGCGAGCGACCCUGUCGGCGUCCAGAUUGCGACGGACAGUUUGGCCGAGGAUAUGGAGGAGAUUACUGGAACAAGGCCCCAGAUUCUCGAGUGGGAUGGAACACGGCCAGAAACAUCAGUUCCUGUAGCCAUUAUCGCCGCGACAGUGGACUCGCCACUGGUGUCCAAGCUUGUCGCCGAGAGCAGGGCUGUUGUCGAAGACAUCCAGGGCAAAUGGGAAACGUUCCGGACUGCGCUUAUCCCAAAACCUGUUCCGGGAAUUGAACAUGCGCUGUUAAUAACCGGAAGUGACAAGCGAGGUACGAUGUACGGUCUAUUCACGCUUGCAGAGCAGAUGGGGAAAUCUCCACUCCAUUUCUGGGCCGACGUCCCCACUGCAAAGCACGACAAGAUCCAUAUCCUCAAUAAAUCUACAACCCACGGCGAGCCUAGCGUGAAAUACCGCGGGAUAUUCAUCAACGACGAAGCACCCGCCCUCACCAGCUGGUGGGCGAAGAAAGGAAAUAGACCAGACUACACCUUCGACGCCGAGUUCUACAAGCAUGUCUUCGACCUCCUUAUCCGGCUGAAGGCCAAUUUCCUGUGGCCUGCAAUGUGGGGGUCGUCCAUCCCUACGCCAGGCAGGAUGUUCUUCACAGACGACCUGCGCAACCAGCAGCUGGCGGAUGACUACGGGAUCGUGGUUUCCACGAGCCACGCGGAGCCGAUGCAACGGGCAUCGAAUGAAUGGAAGGACGACCCGAGCCUGGGUGACUGGGACUGGGUAAACAAUAACGAGAAUGUCACCAGCUUUAUGCGUCAAGGUGUACGACGUGCAGGGAGCAACGAGACAUACUUCACCCUCGGAAUGCGUGGAGAGAACGAUUCGCCUAUUGAGGCCGAUGAUCCUAUUGCGGUGCUCGGGGAGGUAUUCAAUAAACAGCGGGAAUUGCUCACUGAUUACUACGGGAAUACCUCGACGCUACAGGCGUGGACCGUGUAUAAAGAGGUCAUGACAUACUAUGCAGCUGGCUUGGUUCCUCCUGACGACGUCACCUUGAUAUUCACAGACGAUAACUGGGGCAACGUCCAACGGCUUCCAACUGACGAGGAAAAGAAGAGAACUGGGGGUAUUGGUUUGUAUUAUCAUUUCGACUACGUUGGUCGGCCCAAGAGCUGGAAAUGGCAAAACAACAAUAACCUGCCUAAAGUUUACAAAGAGCUGUCCCAGGCGCACGCGCGUGGCGCAGAUAGAAUCUGGGUGAUAAAUGUCGGCGACAUCAAGCCCGUAGAGAUCCCCCUAGCCUUCGCGAUGGACCUGGCAUGGGAUGCAUCCCGCUUUGACUUCAGCACAAUACCUUCGUACCUCAGGGCGCUGGCUGCUCGGGAACUUGGGGAAGAGCACGCAGAAAGCAUAGCGGCGGCCUUGCUAGAGUAUAGUCAUCUGGCUGGCCUACGCAAAUUUGAAAUGCUUGAACCAACCACAUACUCCAUUCUCAACUUUCGAGAGGCAGAGCGUGUGCUUGAAGACUGGAGGACCCUUGCAGAAACAUCGCAGGCCCUUUAUGACAAAACCCCAGCAGAACGCCGCGAUGCCCUCUAUCACCUCUUACUAUACCCUGCGCAAGCUGGGUAUAAUUACUACCGGAUCCUGCUGGGCCAAGGGAAAAACCGCCAAUAUAGCUUUGAACGGCGAAACUCAGCCAACCAGGUAGCACAGCAGGUUCUGGACCACUUCGAAGACGACUACGACUUGGUCCUUGAGUACGACAACAUAGCAGGCGGGAAAUGGGACGGCAUAAUGUCCACUCCUAAAUUCGAUAUGGGGUUAGCCGACUGGCGUCCGUCAUCUCGCGAUGUGCUCGCAAACCUGUCCUACGUGCAGCUGAGGCAGGACUUCGACUACGGCUUUGGGAAUCUAGGGAUAUACGUGGAGCAGUCUCUAGGAGCGUACAGACAGGCACGAAUGUGCGCCUCCAUCAACCCCUCAUUACCCACAGACGAAGGAUUCUCCCCGGUUAUGCCGAUGAUGGAUCCAUACGGUCCAUCAACUCGAAUCGUCGAGUUGUUCCACCGUGAACUUUCAAUGCAGCACCCGGAAGAACGUCUCGAAAUGUCUAUUGACUGGUCGAACGUGCCAAUAAACUUCUCCGACACGGUGCAGUUGCGUGUAGAAUGGGAACCGUCGCUACCCUACUUUGACCUCAUCUAUAUCCCCGUCCGUAACCACCGCGUGCCGGACGGCUUCAUCGGCUUCCCCGAGUCCAACGGGGUUGUCUCAAUCGAAGCGCCGCACUAUCAGCGUUCAUCAUCCGGCCCCGUCUCCUUCAAACACAUUCAGCAUCUGGGGACUCGAUCCCGAUCCGGCUCGAUUGCUGUCCGUCCAUACACUCGAUCCCGAGAGUUACAGAACAGCACGAAAUCCGCAUGGGUCGAAUAUGACUUUUACACUUUCAACGCAACAGAACCGUUCAACGCCACUGUAUACAUCAACGGUGCCCUUGACACGGAUCCAGACUUGCCCAUGAUGUACUCACUAGUCCUAGAUGGAGAAGACGCUACAUUCACAAGAGUGCUUGGCGAGCCUGACGAGCCUGGAGAUACACCCCCUGGCUGGGCUGAGGCCGUGGCGGAUCAUGUUUGGAAGAGAGAUGUUGAGUUCGGAGCGCUGGGUGCUGGGAGACAUACCUUGAGGUGGCAGGUGAACUCGCCCGAAGUGUACCUGGAAAAGAUAGUUCUUUCGCUUGAGGAGACCUUGGAUAGUUACUUGGGUGCACCGGAGACGACGCUCAUCUAG